AUGGAGGUUCCCUUCUCAGACACUCUGCGAUCACAACCAAGAUGGGUUCUCCUUCUAUUAUCACUCGGCCUCUUCCAAGUCUCGAGGCUUUCUCUGUCCUUCCUCCGAUGGAUCUACACCUUCUUCCUCCGACCACCAAAACACCUUCUCGACUACGGCCAGUGGGCGAUUAUCACGGGGCCAACAGACGGCAUCGGAAAGGCCAUGGCCUUUGAGCUCGCCAGGCAAGGCCUGAGUCUAAUCCUCGUCGGUCGGAACCCCGAUAAGCUGAAGUCGGUGUCCGCGGCAAUUCAGGCCGAGCUCCGGAACGUCGAGGUCGUGACCGUCGUGUUUGACCUCGCCGGUGACAUCCCCAACGGCGUCCGGCGGCUAAAGAUGGCCAUCGAGAACCUCGACGUCGGGGUGCUCGUUAAUAACGCUGGUGUGUGUUAUGAUGCUCCCAAGUACCUGCAUGAGCUCGAGGAGAAGAUGUACACCGAUUUAGUUAAAGUUAACAUGGAGUCGUUGACGGAGAUUACCAGGGCGGUGCUGCCGCAGAUGGUGAGGAAGAAGAAGGGCGCCAUCGCCAACCUCGGCUCCGGGUCUGUAGUGAUCCUUCCAUCUUACCCGAUGUUCGCUGUAUAUACUGCAACCAAAGGGUAGGCCAAAUUCAUUCUCCAAGGUCGUCAUUAUCUUUAGCAUCUUCCACCUCUUGCCUUUCGCUUCAAUUUUCAUUUCAUACUGUAGUUUCCUUUACGCUUUUUAUGUCUGCUUCCUCUUACAUUUCCCCUUGCAGUUCUUCCCCCUUGUUUUUAUACAUAUUUAGACAUCUUACUUCCGUGUCUAUUCAUGAUCUUAUUCUGUGUUUACCCUAAGCAAAUUUGCGUCCUUUCUUCCAAAUUAUCGGCAACAGAUUUCAUAUUUUGUUCAAAAACUGAGUAACAUAUUUGACGGAGCAAGGCUCGAAGUUUAUUCAUUAAUAUCGUACUAUGUCUUUUCUAAUUCAUAUACUGAUUCUAUCUAAUUUUGUAUCAGUUACGUCGAUGCUUUAUCUAGAAGUUUGCACCAUGAAUACAAGAGCACUGGAAUUGACAUCCAUUGCCAGGUAAUAGCUCGUAUUCCGUAACUUUGUCCGUCUGUGUCUGUCUUGCUCGUAAACUAAUAUCUUUUCCGAACAUUGAUUAGAUCUAUUUGUCUGAACUAGGUUUGAUAGGAAUGUCUUAGUAUGUUUAUUAGUACAUUGCCAUACACUAAGAAACAAAAUAGGCGUUACUUUGAACAUAUUAUAAAAUUUUCUAUCCAAAUAGCUAAAUAUAUAGCUUUCGUAAAAUCUAUCUAAUCCUUUUUCUAACAUAUGAUGGAUGCACUAAGACUAGAUGAUCAUUUUGGUACUGUUACUUGGUUUCCACUUGAUAACUAUUGGUCAAUGUUUAGACUCCAGCUUUUGCAGUAACGAAAAUGGUGCCAGACAAGAGGCAUUCGUUUUUCAACUCGACACCCGAGGAGUAUGCUCCUCCGGCCGUACGUGCCGUCGGCUAUGGGACCUCGAUCCUCCCUUACUGGAGACACUCUAUGUUAAACUAUCUUGCGAAACAGGCACCGGAGCGUAUCCUAAACGAAUGGUUUUUACGCAAUGCACUGAAUCAAAGGGAAAAAGUUCAUUAA